UAGUUAAUUUCAUAAUUUAAAAGUGGUUAACUACCUCCACCCAAACUCAACUUUUAGGUGAUACAUGCUUAAUCAAUCAAACACUCUGCAGCUCCCUUAUCUCUCUCCCUCACUCUCCCACCAAACCACCAUCAACAAAAGUUGAUUUUCUAAAGCAAAUUCUCACUCUUUGGUUUCCUUGAACCAAACCCAGAAGGCAUGUCCCUUUUGGCCUCCUCUCUUAUCCCAUUUUGUCCACUCUGGACCACUGAAUAAAGUUGCAAACAUGGCUUCUGAGGCUGUGUGAUUUCAUUGUUUUUCCUCAAAACUUGAAUGAAAUAAUGGCAGUGGAACUCUGUUCAGAAAAUUGUGGGGUUUCUGUUUCUCCUGGGAGUCCAAGAAUUUCAUUCUCACAUGAUUUUUCCCAAUCUGAUGUGAUACCUGUUGAGCAACACCCCUUUAGAUCAAACUCUUCUGGGUUGAGUAGUUUUGAUUUUGAUUUCCCUGUCAGUGAAAGCCUCUUGCUUGAUGAGUCAUCUUCAGCAGAGGAGCUUUUCUCAGAUGGCAGAAUCAGAAUUCUCCCAAGCACUGAAUCCACUGAUCAUCAAGUAAAGAGAAAGAAUCAACCUUUGAAGCAAACAAGUAGUACCCAAUCACCACCACCAUUACCUCCUCCAUACUGUGAUUCCACCAAUAAAAGCUUGAAAAAAGAGAGUCCCAAAUUGAUUGAUGAAGUGUGUGACAAGCAAAGUUCUUCCAAGUCUUUUUGGAGCUUCAAGAGAAGUAGCAGUUGUGGCAGUGGAUAUGGAAGGAGCUUGUGCCCUUUGCCACUUCUAUCCAGAAGCAAUUCAACUGGAUCUACCCCAAGUGUAAAGAAGGAGGGUCCAAACAUCAAACAAAACCAGCAAAAACAUUGUUCUUCCUCAAGAAUUUCUGGGCCAAACAGUUAUCAUAAGCCUCCACUGAAUAAGAAUCAUGGAUCUUAUUAUGGUAACAGUGUUAGAGUCAGUCCUGUUAUUAAUGUUCCUUCUGCAAACCUUUUUGGUUUGGGUUCAAUCUUCUCCAACAGUAGUCGAGACAAGAGCAAGAAGAAGUAGCUUUACUUUGGAAAAUGAUCGUACAUCCGCAUAGUGCAGACACCUAGCAUACCCCUAGAGUAAGAAAGGAAAAGAAGAGAAAAGUAGUGAUGAAUAUGAUAUAUGAUGUGGUGUGACGAUAAAAAGAGAGAGAGAAAUAAAAAUAAGUAGUAUGUGAAGUGUCUAACUAUUUGAAUUUCUGAGCAUUGUUUUAUUUCACUUGCAAAUUAGUUGGGUCUAUUUUUUUUCUAUGUAGUUCCUGGGUUCAACAAGAGGUUAAAGAAAUGAGGUAUUGGUUUGAAUUUUUCAAA